AAACGCACAGGUUGAAAUAGCGCAGUGGAGCUAACGCAUAGGUCGGUUUAGUUUAGGUUAAGUUUUAAGCUCCUUGCAACUUUUAGUAGCAGGUUAUUUGUUUACUUCUUUUUUAUUGUUUUAUACGGCUGUACGGUUUUUUUGGGGGGUUGUUAGCUUUAUUAUAGUGGAAAAUCAGGAAAUUUGUAUCGGAUACCUUCUGCAAGUCCUGUCUGUCUGCUGCCCAGGCAGACCAUGAGGAAAAUGUCUAACUUGUUAUCGACGUGCCUUUUUAUUUUACUAGCAUCCCAGCUGGUCGAUUCGGCCGGUGUGUUCGAGCUAAAAGUGCAUUCGUUCACCAGCCCUGGCGGUGUGUGCAAGAACUCCCAGGAAUGCCACAUCUUCUUCCGCGUGUGUCUCAAACACUCGCACGAUAUGGUAGGACCCGAACCUCCGUGUUUGUACGGAACCGGACUGACGGACAUCUUCAGCGCCGAUCCCAGCUCCAUCGCCAGCAGCGCGCCCAUCAAACUGCCCUUCAGCUUCAAAUGGCCGGGAACUUUUUCGUUGACCAUCGAAGCGUGGAAGGCAGAGUCCGGUUCAGUGCUGUCCACAGAUAACCCGGACAACCGGAUCGGCUUCGUGGCUACUAGCGGAAAGAUGACCGCCGGAGAGAACGCGCUGCAGAACGCGCAGCUGGGAGAACAGAGUCAACUGCGCUACUCUUAUCACGUCAUGUGCGACGAGUUUUACUACGGAGAGAGCUGCUCGGACUACUGCCGCCCGCGGGACGACGCCCUGGGCCACUACACCUGCGACUCAUCGGGACAGAGGAUGUGUUUAUCCGGAUGGAAAGGCGAAUACUGCCGAGAGCCCAUCUGCUCUCCUGGCUGCAGUGAAGCCCAUGGUCAUUGUGAUACCCCUGGUGAGUGCACGUGUCGCCUCGGGUGGCAGGGCCCCCUCUGCGAUGAGUGCGUGCGCCACCCUGGCUGCCUGCACGGAACAUGCAAAGAACCGUUUCAGUGCAACUGUAAGGAAGGAUGGGGCGGCCUGUUUUGCAACGAAGACCUUAACUUCUGCACCAAUCAUAAACCCUGCAAGAAUGAUGCCAAAUGCACAAACACAGGCCAGGGGAGCUACACUUGCACCUGCAAGCCCGGCUUCACUGGCAUCAACUGCGAGAACAAGACCAACGUGUGCAACAGCAAUCCAUGCAAGAAUGGAGGCAGCUGUAAUGAGCUGGAGAAUGACUACUCAUGCACGUGCCCUCAGGGCUUUUACGGAAAGAACUGCGAGGUCAGCGCAAUGACCUGUGCGGACGGACCGUGCUUCAAUGGCGGAACCUGCGUGGAGAAAACGACUGGGAGUUACUCCUGCCGCUGCCCGUCUGGUUAUAUGGGCUCCAACUGCGAGAAGAAAAUAGACCGCUGCAGUAGUGACCCCUGUGCCAACGGAGGUUACUGUCUGGACCUGGGCCACAACCUGGUGUGCCGAUGCCGCCCUGGCUUCAAAGGGCCGCGUUGUGAAAUCAACAUCGACGAGUGCGCCCAUAACCCAUGUCGCAACGCGGGCACCUGCGUGGAUGGCAUUAACGACUACACUUGCAAGUGCACGUUGGGCUUCACAGGCAAGGAUUGCAAUGUGCGUGCUGAUGCCUGCAACCUCCUGCUGUGCAAAAACGGCGGCACAUGCUACACUCACUUCAGUGGGCCCGUGUGCCAGUGCCCGCCAGGAUUCAUGGGUUUGCGUUGUGAGUACAGCCAGCCAACCACGAAGCCUGUACCUGCAUCUUCAUUCCCUGCAGCCCUGGCGGUUUCCUUCGCUCUAGGCCUUAUCACACUGACCCUCCUGCUGUGCGCUGCCAUCAUCCUCAUCAAGCAGUUGAGACGCAGCAAAAAAUCCAUGUUCUCCUCUGUGCGAAACGACCUGGACAUCAUCAACAAUCGCAACUCUACGAUCUCCAAAACUCAGUCCAGCUACAAGGAGAAGGAAGCAUUCCUCAUCCCCGGUGGUCCGUUUAAAGUGUCCAACAAGGAUGCAGAACUCAACUCCAGUAUGCUGGAUACACUUUGUAACGACAAGGCCAACAACAAGCAAAAGAUGCUGGACUACAAUCUAGCCAAAGACGAGAAAAAUACAAAGGACAAGCUAGACCUGAAAAACAGAGACUCCUCUCUAUUAGUUCCGCCUUUGAGCUACCCUAAAGGAGAUUUAUAUCAUCCCAUAUAUAUCAUUCCUGAACAAAUUGAACAACGUAUUUUUGCUACUGAGGUUUAACAGUAUUGGAUCACCUCAAUCGUCCUCAGGCUUCGCCUGAACACGUUUACAUGCCUCAAAAAAGACAUUUGAAGAGACAAUAUCAUAUUUAAUAUUUAUUGAUGCUGCUCAUAUGAAAGGACUACUUUUUCUUCGGACAAUGUUGCGCAGACAAACCAAGCUUUAGGAUGCGUGAAAUUGCAUAAUUUGCACUACAAUUUACUUUUUUAUAUAUAUUUUUUUUCUAUUUACGGAUGAAUAUAUAUAUAUAUAAAUAUAAAUAUAAAAAAAAAAAAAACUCUAUGGACCAA